AUGGCUCCAUUUGUAAAAAUUCUCGAGAAUAACAAUCAAAGUUCAUCGUCGCUGAAUUUGCCCUUAAUCUUGGCCACAGUUUGGAUUGUAAGAAAUGAUUUUGAUGUGCACACUGCCUCGACGGUGACAAUUGGUCAAUAUGCCAUUACCACACAUGGUCGUCAGCUGCAAAACGAUUUAAUUGAUAGGGUUAUCAAAGGAACUAUGAGUCCUUGCCCGGUUAUUAUGUGUUGGGUUCAUAGUGAAAUGCAGAUAAUGAAUGAUGAGGAAAAAAUUCGAGAAUUUUAUCGGAGCUAUAUGAAUCGAGAACGUUCAAUAUGGUUUUUGGACAGUAUGGAGGCCUUCAGAAAAUUAGAAAAGAACCUCCUCAAUCCCUAUUUUCGUUAUCAACGCAAUGGCCUGUAUAUACUGGUCUAUACAGGCCUAGAAUCCAAACGUUUUUUCACCAUACGAAAUAUAUUCGAACGUCUUUUCUAUCUGUACAUAACGAAUGUCAAUGUCAUAAUGAUGGUUGAACAGUAUGCCUACAUUUAUACCUACUAUCCAUUUACACCGAAUCGCUGCCAUUCACCACAACCGGAAUAUGUGAUGUCAUACGAGGAUAUUGAGUCGAAUGAAAAUUUCACUCUAAGUGAGGGAGGGUUAUUUCCAAAUAGAGUUACCAACAUGCAUGGCUGUCCUGUGUCAGUGGUAACCUGGACUUAUAAGCCAUAUACAUAUGUAAAGCGUGACCGGAAAACGGGUGCUUUUAUGGGGCUGUAUGGCAUAGAGGGGUCCGUAGUAACACUGCUCUCGAAACAUAUGAAUUUUACAAUUGUCAUCAAGCAACCCAAUCCAUUGGAGCCAGGUGAGCUGUUUCCCAACGGAACAGCAACGGGAGCAACAAGAAUGAUCUUAGAACAUGAAGGCAACAUCACUGUCAUGUCGUACAUUCUCUAUUCGGAACGUUCGAAAAGAUUGCAACCCAGUGGCAGUUAUUUGAGGCAAUUCUAUGUUCUGGUAAUGCCCUUAGCUAGACCAUUAACACCGUUUGAGCGUCUAUUGAAACCAUUUCAAUGUCUAGUUUGGUUCUGCUUCGAUACUAGCUUCUGCUUUGCUAUUGGUUUCAUAUUCUACAUAAAAUUACUGGGCAAAUCGAACUUGAUGAGCUUCGUGUUUGGUAAAGGUAAUCGCAUACCGUUCACGAAUCUCUUAAACACUCUGUUCGGAGGCGUUAUGAACUCUGGCAAUAUGCCACAAAAGAAUUUCGCCCGAUAUCUUCUAAUUUUAUGGAUGAUGUACACUUUUAUAUUGCGGUCCGCAUAUUCGGGGGAACUGUUCAAUAUACACCAGGAUGGUACGGGACAAAAUAAUCUACAAACUUUGAGUGAAGUUGUUGCCAACAAUUAUACCAUCUACACUUUUGGAGUUCUGAACAGUGUCAUGCGAAACGCAAUACCCGGGGGACAUAUUAAAAAUUUCAAUAAAGUGGAAACAAUGGAUAAACUUCUGAGGACCAUAGGCGAGCCGGAGAGUCGCGAUAAAAUUGCCCUGGCAGUAUUGGACACUACGGCGAAUUAUUACAAUCAAAAGAAUCCCCGACGUCGCGUUCAUGUUCUCAAGGAGCGUGUCAUACCAGCUCCAUUGGUGUUCUAUAUGCCACGUUACAGUUAUUUGCGCGGCGAAGCGAGUCGCAUUGUCCACAAAAUCGUCGAAUCUGGACUUAUUCGUCACUAUACAGCAUUGAAUUUGUAUGCAACCGAAUCGUUUGACAAACGUCGUGAAUCGGCCGAUUUAUCUUUGGGCGUACUGUACUUUGAUGAUUUUACCCUCAGUUUCCUGCAGAAUAGCUCAAAAUUCGGUAUUUAG